AUGAAGGAACCUGAGGAUAUCGGUGCCCACUUUGAACGAAGUGGUGGCGCAGUGGUGGAAGAGGCGACCGAGGGUGCGACCAGCGGCAUCGGCCUGGAGACCGCCCGUGCACUCUACCAGCGCGGCUACCACGUCGUCCUCGCAUGUCGCGAUACGGCCAAGUGCGGGAAGGUGGUCGAGGAGUUGGCGGCUGAGGGAGAACAAGCAGUGUCCCCCGGUUCGGCCGAAUGCAUGGUACGCGUCGCGUUCUACCAGUUCCCCUCGGUGGACCUCACCUCCCUCCAAUCAGUGCGCGACUUCGCCGAGGAGUUCAAGCAGAAGCGCCAACCGCUCCACCUCCUCAUCAACAACGCGGGGAUCUACAGCCCGCCGUACGGCGAGACCAAGGACGGCUUCGAGUCCCAGUUCGGCGUCAACUACCUCUCCCACUUUCUGCUCACCCACUUGCUUUUGGAUAAGCUGAAGGAAUCGGCGCCUGCGAGGAUCAUCAAUGUCUCCUCGCGCGCGCACACCAUGGCCAAUCUGGACUUUGACAAUUUGCAGAGCAAGCGGAACUACAGCCGCUACACGGCCUAUUCGCGGUCCAAGCUCGCCCAGGUGCUCCACGCCAACAAACUACAGCGCCGCCUCGAAGGGAGCGGAGUGACGAUCUGCGCGCUCCAUCCGGGCGUGGUGAACACGUCCCUGUGGCGCGACCUCCCCGGCCCGCUCAAGUACAUCGCCUACGGCCUGGGCUCCGUCUUCUUCAAGACGCCCGCCCAAGGCGCCGAGACCACGAUCUGGGCGGCCACGGCGGACGAACUCGAGGGCGUCGGCGGCAAGUACUACUCCGACUGUCGCGAAAUCCCCUCAUCAGCCCAGUCGCGCGACAUUGAGGCGCAGGACAAGCUGUGGCGAGCCUCGCUGGAGCUGGUCGGACUGCCCGCGGAAGAAGAUGAGACUGAGGCCGAGAAGAAAGAGGAGGAUACCACCCACUAG